AUGCUUGGGACCAGAGACGUUUCAUAUGCAGAAGUCCCUCAUGAUAUCUUCAGCAGCAUUCUAAGAGCAAACAAAGAUAUUACGGAGCCAGUAGAGGGCGGUGACAUGCUAAUAAAGAUUGAACGCAGUGCCAGCACCUGUAUAAAAUGCAUGUGGCCCAAAUCUGCAGAUGGGACCGUCCCUGUGCCAUACACCUUAUCCUCUGUUUAUACUGCCAGUCAGGUCAGUCUGUUCCAAACUUCUAUGCAGGAGAUUGAAACAUUGACGUGUGUGAGGUUUAUACCUCGGACAACAGAGAAGAGUUUCCUCAACAUUAUAUCAUCACAUGGCUGUGCAUCAUAUGUGGGACGAACAGGUGGAGGUCAGAUGGUUGCAGUAGAUACUGCUGGUUGUAUGUCCAGAGGAAUUAUACAACAUGAAAUAGACCAUGCCCUGGGAUUUCACCAUGAACAUACAAGGACUGACCGUGAUGACUAUGUCACUAUCAUGCAACAGUAUAUAUCACCAGGAGAUAAGAUCAAUUUUGCCAUAGAAAACACUGAGGAUGGGGGUCUGCAGUAUGAUUAUGGGUCAGUGAUGCAUUAUGACAAGUAUUCCUACUCUAAUACUUCUAAGCAACCCACCAUUGUACCCCAUCCUGACCCAAAUGUGCCCAUUGGACAAAGGACUGGACUAAGUAUCUUGGAUGUUGCUAAAAUUAACCAUCUUUAUCAGUGUAAUGUUUGUGCUUAUUUGCUUAAUGAUAUCAGUGGAACUGUGAGAUCAACGAACUAUCACCCAGCCAAUCCCAAUAGCGGAAGCUGUGUUUGGUUGAUCAGGACCCCAUCUGGGCAGGUUAGCCUGAAUGGUAUUAGCUUUAAUGUCCAGUCCUCACCAAAGUGCACAUCUCACUACAUGAAGAUCUAUGAUGGUCCCAGUAGGACGUCUCCUGUGUUGAAGGACAAAACCCGUGGGACUGGUGUAAUCCCAGUAAUAAUUGCUUCCACUAACCAAAUGCUGAUAGAGCUUUUCAUUGGCCGCAGUGUUUCAGGGAACAGCUUCAGUGCUACAUAUAGCUCAGUCUUACUUAAUAUUCUACAGAGCUCAGAAAAUGACUCUGAGCUUUAUAUUCCUUCAAACACCUCAAGGACAAGUCUUUUUUCUAUAGAAUAUGUUUUUCUGGUAGCUGAUUGGUUUAUUGUAUAUUCUGUUGCUGAAUAUAAAUAUAAAGGACUCCAGGCAGAGAGACUGAGAGACAGAAAGAAGGACAAGAACUGUAACUACAGACUGCAGAGCAAGAUGGGUGGAAAUGGUGUCCUCGUCUUCCUGGCCUGUCUGAUUGGUUCCACUACAAGUAAUCCUUUAAAGAUUUUUCCAGAUGACUGGGACGACUAUGAUGCAGAAAUUGCUUGCAAUAUCUGUUGGGUAGAAUGCACAGGCUCAACAGGCUCAGUGGUGUCAUCCUCUAGUGCAGGAGAGGAUGGAUUGGAAUCCCCUGCCUGGCAGAUUGAGAAGUUUGGGAGGACCGUGAAACUUUUCCAGUUUCACAGCAGCUCCCGCUGCCUGACUGCCUUUCACCAUAAUGAGGACGGCUGUGUAACUCAAAGCAUGACAAGAACAAAGUAG